AUGGAUUCAGAUGGCUACGUGAGUAUGGUUGGAAGAAUCAAGGACCAGAUAUGUACAGUGAAUACGGAUAAGGUAUACGCCGCAGAAGUCGAGGCCAUCAUCAUGAAGCAUCCAUCAAUAGAAGACGUUGCAGUUGUUGGGGUAGUAGAUCCCGGUGGAAGAGGAGAGGAAAUAUGCGCAAUGGUAAAGAUCAAGCAAAACUUGAAUCUAACAACUGAAGAAAUAUACAAAUUCUUGGCUGAUAACGACUGGGAGAAUUUCCAAACACCAAGUCACAU